AUGCUCUCACCCGCCGACAUCCCGCUGCCGCCCGACGAUGACUCCCUCUCGCCGCUGUCGACUCACCUGUUGACGGCGGGCUCCAGCGGCUCGGCAUCGCCCAGCUCGCAGUUCCAGCCAAGCUCGAUCGCGGACAGCUCGAGGAACAACAGGUCCUCGACGGAGCUGACGUCGGGCUCGGGGGGCGAGACGGGCAACAACGCCGCCGGCGGCAACAACAACAACCUGAACAACCUCAACAACAACAACAACAAGGCUCGAGAAUCGACCGUCCCGGCGGCCUGUCUUUCCUGCCGCAGCAAGCAUCUCAAGUGCGACGGCCAGAACCCGUGCUCCCGAUGCGUCCUGAUGCAGGCCGAGUGCGUCUACGUAGCCUCCCGCCGAGGCUACAAAGGGCCUCGUCGAGGCACGACGCAGAACCCGAACAAGAGACAGGCAACGUCGCCGCCCGAAGUCGGCGGCAACGUGACCGAGUGCCCUAUGCUUCUCGGCACGCGCCCCGGUGGCGACAUGCCGCUCGCCGUCGACGGCGGCUUCUCCCAGCCGACACCCAUGUCUGGGGGCACGCCGGCUCCGGAGAACUCGUACCCUGCGGCGACGUCGACGGCGACCAACAUGCAGCUGUUCAAGUCUUACUGCAGCGUCAACGGCGUCGACCCCGCCUCCUUUCCGAUGGGACAGCAGGCCGGAUGCGUGCCCUCCUUUGUUCCCGUCAAGAGCCUGUCGGAGCGCUGCAUCGACGCCUUUUAUCAUUACUUUUUCGCCUCGCAUCCCUUUGUCCUCCCGCGCGCCCACCUAAUGCGCAUCUCCAAGGACGGCGCGCCGGAGCCGUUGCUCGCGGCCAUGAGAUGGACCGGUUCCGUCUUCAUCGACGUCGGGCCGGCCGUGCAGAAGGGAUUGUACGACGAGGCCUACCGGCUGGUGUACGACCCGCGCACCAUGAGGAACGGCUUCCUCGUCCAGGCCAUGAUGAUCCUCAUCGUCACGCUCGACGGCAGCUGUCAGCAGGAACAGGCGAGGCACCUGCUCAACGACGUCGAGCAGCUCGCGCUCGAGAUCAACCUCCACACGCGGUCGUUUGCCAUGCUCCACGGCCAGGGGAUGCCCGUGCUGGAGGAGUGCUGGCGGAGGACGUGGUGGGACCUGUUCAUCAUCGACGCCAUGAUUGCCGGCGUCCACCGCGUCACCCACUUCCUGCUCUUCGACAUUCCCACCGACGUGGCGCUCCCGUGCGAGGAGCACCAGUACCUCUCCGCUAACAUCCCCAUCCCCCUCUCGCUCGAGGACCUCGAGGACCGAGACUUCUCCGACGAGGGACGCGAGUUCUCCUCGUUUGCCUAUCGCAUCCUGUGCGGCCGGAACCUCGGCAAGUUCAUGCGGACGCCGCCCAUACUCGGGCCCGAGGACGAGAACCUGGCUCGCAUCGAGGCGCUGCUCACCAACUGGCGGCUGCACCUGCCGCAGGACAAGCGCGACGCCCUGCAGCGCGAUGGCAAGCUCGACGAGAUGAUGUUCCAGGCGCACAUGAUGAUGCACGCCACCUCGAUCCUCCUGCACCAGCCGCACUCGCAGCUGGACACGACGCCGACGCAGAACAUCAACUCGUGCGCGCCCCACCAGAUGGUGCCGGCCGGCGACCUCUUCAACACGCACACGAAGCACACCAUCACGUCGGCCUCGGCCAUCAGCACCAUGAUCACGCACCGCGUGCCCCUGCUGUCGCACACGCACUUCUUCACCUGCGUCAUCACGCUGUCGUCCAUCGUCCACCUCAGCCGGUGGGCGCUCUUCUUCAUCCCGCACGACGACGACGACCUGCGGCAGCAGGUCCGGCUGAACAUUGGCGCGCUCAACCGCCUGGCCGAGGUGUGGGGGGCCGCCGACCGGGCCCGCGGACAGGUCAAGGCCGUGGCCCAGGAGAUUUACCAGGCCAAGAAGCAGCAGCGGUUAAACUCGGAAUUCUGGGUCGGCCUGAAGCAGGACGAGAUGAUGAACACCAUCGCCAUGGACGACUCCAUCAUCCACGAGAUUGAGAGCCUGCAGGUGCCGCCGAACUUGCUUAGCUGA